GGCCUUAAAUGGCGUACUUGGAAAACUGUUACUUUGCUAUGAUUGUUGUCAAAAUAUCUUUUAUCUUCAAUGUAAACAAAAGUCAAUGACUAAUGGGCAAAAUAAUUUUUGUGUGUUUCUUUUUUUUUGUUUUAAAUGGAUUCAAAGGAGAACAAGUAUCGUUCUUUACCACCUCUUGUCGAGGGUAAAAUACAUGGAUACUUAAAUCUUGUUAUUGACGAAGUCAUUUGGACCAAUAUAAACCCUGGGGAUGUGAUUGUAUUCGUCUCCUGGUGGGGUGAAGAGAACGAAAUACAGUUUAGGCCAUUAGAUGUUACAAAAUUCUCGGAAAAUUUUGAGGAUACAGAAAAAACGUAUACGAUAAAAACAAAUUUUUAUCUAUUUGAAGAUUAUAUAAAAAAUUGUGAAUCUUUAGAACUUAUAAUCAAAUCAGAGAAAACAAAGAAAGUUUUAGGGACAGCUCUUGUAGUUGAUUUGUUAGAUAUUUUUAAAACAAAGCCUUUUACUCGCUAUUUUCCAAUAGUUGAUAAAAUUCAAAAUAGAAUAGGCAGUGUACAUGUUUCAAUAAAACUUAAAAAUACCUCGAAUUUUGAAAAUAUGCCGGCAAAAAUGGGAACUAAUCAAAAUAAUGAGAUAAGUAAAUCAGUAAAUUUUGAUAUGAAAAGUUUAAAUAAAGCCGAUGGUGGUCCUGUGAAAAUUGACUACUUAUCAUUGAGAAAUCCAAAACACGAGGAAACAAUUUAUAGAUCUAUUUUAAAGGAUAAGAGAAUAGAGCCUAUUAAGAAAUUUAACUUUGAAGUUCCUGAAAAGCUUGUCGAUAGAUCGAAUCUAAAAUCAACAAAAUUGAAAAGUGCUUUAUUAAAAGAAGCUUUAAUGGAUGAUUCCUAUGUAUACGAUGCUGAUAAAUUUUUGUAUGAAAAUUAUCAUCCUGAUGUUUGUCCCGAAAGAGAAGCAGAUUUAUAUCAAUAUUUUCUUGGCAAGGAUAUGAAUUAUUUCGAUGAAUAUGCGGCACUAGAAACAUUAAGAUCAACUUCUCCUACUCCAAGUUUAAUAGAAUUUGCAACACAAUCAAUUCAUUGUUGUCAACGAAAUAAGAAUCCAAUUUCCGAGACAACUACUAAGAAGAAUUUGGAAAAUGAUACGAAAGAUGAAAUUGAAAAAAUAAAAGUUGUUAAGGAAAAUAUUUCUACCGAUAUUAAGACUAAAGAGAUAACACCACUUGAGUAUGUCGAUUGUCUACAAAUAAUUGUGAGGUCAUUCGUUUUGUCACCUGCUGGCUACAGAAGAGUGAAAUCAUCUUGUCUGACUCGUGAUAAAGCUGAUAGUGGUGUUCCAUCUUCAGCAACAUUUUUUGUACAAUACGAUGCUAUUACGUCAAAUCCAAGUUUGUUGAAGAAAAAAUCAAUGAAUGAAAGAAAACCCGUAAAAAUGACUUCUCGAAAGCAAAUUGAUCAAGAAAUUUUAUUUUACCAUCAAGGUGUGUACAAUAUAUCAAAAUCCUACGCCUAUGUGAAUAGUCCAUUAAAAUUUAAAGUCUUUCAUAGACAUUUAAAUCAAAGAUCACCAACUUUAUUAGGAAUUGGUACAAUGCAAUUGAAUGAAGUGUUUGGGACAAAAAAUUUAAGUAUGACACAACGAGUUGCUAUUAUUAAUAAAGGUAUUAAAGUAGGUGAAUUAGAAGUUGCAGUUGCAUUAGGUUGUGAUGGCAUUCAUUUUGGCAAAGAAUUUAUCGAUGCCGUGACGUCUGCGAAAGAAAAUAUUCCCGUGAGAGAAUCUUUUUCUCCUCUUAAUACAAAAAAUGUGAAUUUCAAGACUGUGACUGGAACUCAAAAUUCAAAUAGUGGAGUUUCUUCCACAUCAUCUAGAAGAAUUGACACGCUCAGCAAUGGAAGUAAUUCAAUAACAAAUGAUGAAAGAAGUUUAACUGGAAAAAGACAAACAAAUGGAGACGAUGGAAAUAUGGAAAUUUUGAUUACAAAAAGUAAACACGAUGAAAAGGUUCUUUUACAUGGUUUGAUAUACAUAUCUGAAGGCAGAGGUUUAUCUGAAUUAAAUACUUAUAUUAUUUGUCGAGCUUUUUGGAAAGAAGACAGAGCGAUGAGUCGCAUUUGCACCAAUACAAAAAAUCCUUUAUAUCAUUUUCAUCAACUCGUUCCUCUCAUUCACGGUCCUGAUUUACUCGAAAGAACAAAAGAUAAUUUCAUAGUCACUGAGGUUUAUAGCAAAACUUCUAACGGAGAAGAUAAUCUCAUUGGAAUUGCCAAAUUUCCCAUACAUCAAUUAUACGUUGCUUAUCGAGAUUCUCAUGUUUUGCCCUAUUUAUUAUUAUCAAAAUAUCCAGUGAUUAGUGUGGAUGGUUGGAUUUUGAUUAAGGAUCCAGUAACCGGUGAAAGUAAGGGUCAAUUACUUGGUUUGGUGGCCCUUGGAACAGCUGAUCAAAUUGCCCUCUUAGAAAUGACAAGAGGUAUUCGUGAUUCUAUCACUACACCUUGUGGAUUAAUUGGAACUACAAGUAAUUCUAAUCAAACAAAUCGUCAAGAUAUUCCUAUUUUAAAUCUCGAAAAUUCACAAACCAAUAAUCGAGGAAUCACCGAAACGCCAAACAUUUCCUCAAGGAAUGAAGAAUGCCAAACGGAAUUUACAACUCGCGAAAAAGAAAUUGAGAAAGAAGCAACUGAUUCUUUAAAAAAUCCAAAUAAAGUUUUACAUUCAAUUGUCGAUUGUCUCGCUCAAGCUCUACAUGUCUCGAGAACAAAUACAAAUCAAGCUUCACAAACUGAGGAGAAAAUUCACGAGGAACAAAGAACUGAAGCUUCUUGCUUGGAUCCAUUAUCAAUUAUUUUAUCCGAUAACAGCAGUAAUCGAAGUUCAAAGACAAAUUUUAAUCUUUCAACCGAUAUGUACAGAAGCGUUGGAGUUGGUGCUGAAUUUGAUGAUUAUUCAAAUCAAGGUAAUAAUUUUAGUGAAACAACAACAGAAAUUUCGGGAAUUUUAAAUCCAAUGAGCAAUGAACAAAUGGAAUCCGAAUCUUUUCGAGCUGUCGUUGAAAUAGAAUGUGCUUUACAUUUACCAAAAGUUGAAAAGGCCAAUACAACUGUCGAGCCAAGUACUUAUGUUACUUUUCAAGGAAUUACGAGUCCAAACGAAAGACAAUAUUAUUCAUAUACAAAUAUUUCCCCACGAACAUGCAAUCCAAGAUGGGAAUGGAGAUGUGAUACAAGAUUACCCGUUCAACUUUUGACAAACGAUGAAAAGAAAUUAAUAUUCAAAGUUUGGCGACUAUUGGAACCAGAAACUUGCACUGAUAUUGAUUUAGACAAAGAUAUAGUUAUCGGUUUUGCUGCAAUUGAUCUUUCUGUAUUAACUGCUGGAUUUCCUCUUGUAACUGGAUGGUUUCAUAUUAUUGAUUUUACAGGAAAAUGUAACGGUCAAAUAAAGGUGAGCAUAACUCCAUUGGAGAGUAUAUCUACUUUUGGGAAAUCUUCUUCUACAAGUGUAACAAAAUUGCCGUCCGAACCUUGCCAAUCGAAUCAGUCAAAUGAAUCUUCACCUCGUCCGAAAACAAUGCGUUUAUUUAAUGAUUGUCAAAAAAUUGACGAUUCUAAACUUUCAAAUACAAUGAUGAACUUCAGUUAUCCGGCUUUUGAAGAGACAAUGCCUGAUAUUGGAUUUGGAGAUGCAUCACUCUCUCUUCUUUCAUCGUCAUUAAAACAAAAAUUAACGGAAUUGGAUGAAAUUACAAAACGGCUACAAUCACGUUUGCAUGAUGUGACAGAAAAUGCUUUUGAAGAUGAUUUUGAAAAUGAUUUUGAAAUGAAUGAUCAAGAGUGUAAUGGAGUGUUAAAUGAUUCUCCAGAAACAGGAGCAAACACAAAAGAAUCAAUUGUUCUUCCUCCGGCAUCGAAUACAAAUUUUUCCAUGGAAGUAAAUCAAGAAAGAAAUCCAUCAUGUUCAAGUGAAUCACGUAAUCAUUGUUCUCCAUCAAAUACAAUGGCGGUGGAUUCAAAUUUUUCCGAUACGGGAUAUUCAACAUGUUAUAAUAAUCAUCAAUCCGGCUAUUAUUUUUUAAAUGAAUCAUCAAAUCCAUAUAGUACCAAUUCAUCAGAUCGUGAAGAAGAACAUCCAAUAAAAGGAACUAAAAUGCACGUAAAUCAUUUACUCGAUAAACUUGCUUCACUACCACCGCCAGUUCCAAUGGAAAUGUUUCCAAUGAAAAUUAAUAUUAUGGAAUUAUUAAGUAAUUUACAGUGCAAUAAUAAUAAUUAUUUUCAAAACGAUAGAAGCAAUCGAAAUCAAGAAGCGAGAAAUAUUUCCGAAAAUAAUGGACAUUCACAAGAAGAGAACUCAAUUCAAAUGAGUGAAGAAAAUUCAGUGGAAAAAUUAAAACCCCAAUCAAGUAAUUCGGAAAAUAAAAAUAAAGUAUCAAGUGUAAUUAGACAGGAAUUAUCACAAGAAGAUGAAGGAAAUGAUUCAGUUGAAUUUGAUGAAUUAUCUGCACAUUUAAUGGCAACAAAUGUACGUCAUAUGGAUAGUGAAAAUGUUUUUAAUCCUCUUUUGUAUCAACAUUUACUUCCCGAUGUACAACUGAGUCCUAAUUCAUUUAGUUGUUCUGUUUCACAAGAUGUUCAAAAUCGAAAUACUGAUGGUGAUGCAAUUCAACAGCUUGACAAUAGAUACACUGAGACAUUUAAUGCGGCAAUUAAUAGUGGAUUAAGUAGAUUAAGAAAAAUGAUGGAGAAGAAUACAUUCGCCAAUAAUAGUGACAAUAACAUACAAAAACAAAAGAGUUUAUUUGAAAAUGAAAGCACGGAUGCUUGUCGUACAACAAGUGUCGCAAAUGAAGAUAUUGAUGGAAAUAUUGAUAUUACUGUGAUUCAUAGACCCUGUAUUGAUGAUCUCAUGGCAAGUAAUAGUUCAGAAUCUGUAAGUUCAACUUCUAUGGAGAAAUUUACGGAAAAACAAUCCGAAACCGAUGAUGAAAAUACAUUGACUAGUUCAGAAACAUCAACAUCGACAAUUUCAAGACAAGCACCUGAUGGAGGUAAUCCAAUUGAAGAGUCCGACAAAAGGUUAAGUAAGAAACACAAACUUUCGAAUUUUUAACUUUUCUUUAGAAUUAAGAACUUUCGUAUUUUUAUAAAUUGUGUAUUUUAUUUAUUUUUUCUUUUUUUUUUUUAAUUCAAAAACGAAGAUGAAAAUAAUUUUUUUGGUCUAAAAUGUCCAAUUGCAAUAAUUUCUAAGUCAACUUAUUGAUUUUUAAGCAAAAAUAUUGAUCUGUAUUUUGUAAUAAUUAGCUUUUAUGAAAUUUUAUAAUAUUUAUUAUAAAUACUGCUUCUUUUAUCAUUUAUCUUUUUUAAAAUGUCAAUUUCAGUACAAAAAGUUUAAAAAAGACAACAAUAGAAUUUAUAAUUUUAAAUAUCUAAUGAACACGAAUUUGGAGCCUAAUAAUUAUUAAUUUUUAUUUUUUUUAAACUUCUAAUUUUUUACUAUAAAAAUACAAUAAAAUUAUUAGACUAUAAUAGUAAAAAAUAAUUGUUAAAUUUGAUGAUAAAACAAAGUCAAAUUCAUACAUAAAGAAAAGCAUUUUCAUUGUUUUUGACAAAGAUACAUAAAUAUUUAUAAUAAAGUACAAAAAAAAAAUCAUUGUGCUUACUGAAUUUAAAAAUUGAUCAUAAUGAAAUGUUAUUAUUCUGCACUGCGUGAUAUUGAUGUUUAAAAAGAAAAUCUCUAAACUUCCGCAUAUUUAUAUAAUAAUUGCAAAAAAUAUUCUUUAUCGUUGUUUUUAACUCGACAAAAAAUUACUUUUUUUUCAUAACGUUACUUAAAAAAUUGUUCUUAUUUAUCAAAACAAGAAAUUCUUUUAAAAUAAUUGCAUAUACAAAUAAUUUAUUAUUUUUUAUUGCGUUACAAUUUUUUUUGCAAAUGUGUCAAAUGAAGAAAUUUUAACAGUGAAAAUAUUAAAAUUUCACACACACAAAAAAAAAUGUAUACGAAACUUUAAUAAAAAAAAAAUGAAUAUAUUAUAGUUUAGAGAGAAAUGUCAUGAAAGCAUUUUGGUAGUAAAAAAAAUAUUAAUCUUUGCAUAAACUUGAAUGAAACUUAAAAAACAAGUUACAUGUAUUUUUUUUGUUCACUAUAUUAACUAUAUAAAAUAUGCUUUUAUCAAUUGUAACUUAUUUUGAAUGAAAAUUAAUAAUUUUUUUCGCCAUGCGAGUUAUAGAAAAACUUGGGCAAAAUAAUAUAUAUACGAAAUUCUCUAUCUCUAAAAAAAGUGUUCUUUCUUAACGACUGAUAUACCGCACGUAUACGUAAAAAAUAUCAUAUUAUAUGAGUAAUCUAUUUGUCGUUUUCAAGUUGCGUUAAAAAAAUAUAAUAAUUAAUAAUUAUGUAUACACUACUAUGUGUAACAUCGAUAUUUUUAUACAAUAUAUGUAUUUAAAUAUACGCUCAAAUAUAACGAAUAAAGGUAUCUAUAAAGUGGCUUA